AUGACACAAACGCUAUAUUUCAGACUUCUCAUUGCUCUCUGUUCAUUAUCUGAAUGCAUUCCUCACACCUAUCACCAUAUAAACAUGAGUAUGAACUGGAAUGAAGCUCAGAGUUACUGCAGAGGAAACUACACAGAUCUGGCCACAGUCGACAACAUGAAUGACAUGAAACAGCUGAUGAGUCAAGUAAAUAACAGUGGGGAUAUUGGCGUCUGGAUUGGACUGAACAAUACAGGUGUUUAUAAAUGGAAGUGGUCUUUGGGUGAUCCUGUAACCUAUACAAACUGGGAAACAAACAGUGCGCCUGAUGGUAAUUGUGCCUAUAUGAUAAAUGGAAAAUGGCGUGAUAAGUACUGGGAUCAGAAGCAAGGGUUCAUCUGCUACAAUGAGACAAUCAAAGAAUACAUCCAUGAAACUUCUAAUAAAACGUGGAAAGAUGCUCAGAACUUCUGCAGAGAGAAUCAUACUGAUCUGGCAAGUGUGAGGAAUCAGAUUGAGAAUGAUCAGAUUCAGAAGAUCAUUAAUAACAGUCAGAUAUCUGUCUGGAUCGGUCUGUUCAGUGACUCAUGGGAGUGGUCAGAUAACAGCGACUCUGGCUUUAGAUACUGGAAGUCUGGUGAAACCAAUAGUGGUACUGAUAAAAAAUGUACAGAAGUUAAAAUGAAUCAAGAUAAUCUGGUAUUGAUCAAUAAGAAUCUGAGCUGGUCUGAUGCUCUGGUAUACUGUAGACAGAAUCAUGUGGAUUUGGUUUCGGUUGAUUCAGAGGAGAUUCAGCGCCGGGUGUCACGAUUGGUUAAAAAGGCCUCUACUCCAGAGGUGUGGUUGGGGUUACGUCACUCCUGUGCUCUGGGCGUUUGGUUCUGGAUGAAUGGACAGAUGGUUUGCUAUCAGAAUUGGGUGAACAGUACAGUAGAUAAGAGCUGUGACACUGUGAGAUCUGGAGCAGUUCAGUCUGGAGGAGAUCAGCGCUGGAUCAGCCUUCCUCAAACUGAACUACGCAACUUCAUCUGCACCAGAUAUGAAGAAUGAAAUCAUCUGCAUCUUACUGUUAUAUACAACUAUUAGU